AUGGACGGUCUACCUUUUAUACCGGGAUUUCGUUUUGAAGAUAUAACGAAAAAAAACCACCAUUUAAGUUCUCAGUUUCGAUGGAAAAACGGAUAUGCUAUUCCCAAAGACAAACCAACGGGCAUUGGAAAAGCCCCCUUAGACGUGGAUUUCAUGCUGUACAGUAAAACAUUUGGUACCACAGGAUAUAAUCCAACAUUGACCUAUGGACAAGCCAAAGAUCCACCGAAACCAAUUGUUCAACCCCAUUUCAUAAUGUUUGAUGGAAAAUAUCUCUCCUUCAAUGGAUUCACUCAACAGACUAUCACAGAAUCAGCUGUGGACACAUUUAGAGUGCGUCGUGUUAAAAUUACGUAUUUUUUGGUUGACGAUACUAUUAGCGUCGUGGAACCAGUUGAAGAGAACGCAGGUUAUGUCCAAGGAUGUCUGCUGAAACGCGGCCAGAUACCGAAUCCACACCGUAAGAACAGGACUUGGCAUUGGUCCGAUUUCAACAACGGCGUGGAACUCAGUUUUUAUGGAGUUGUGUAUAAAUUAUGCAAUUGCAAUUCCUUCACCAGACAGUUCUUAUCGAGCCAGGGUGUGGAGGUGGAUGUCGACAUACCAGUGCCCGAAGACCCUUACAUGAGCGCACGACGGCAAMAGUUAUUUCAGCAGAAAAAACAAGAGUCAACAACAUUUGCUUCAAAGCUUGGAUUAGGCAGUCGGUCGAUAGAAGACGACAAGCUCAAACAGUUUUUAGAGAAUGACGGAAAAGUUCUCAGGAAUGAGGUUCCUGUGGAGAGUAUCAUUUGGUACAUAAAAAGGAGCUUUAAUUAUUUGUCUGAGGCAUUUGGAUUGAAGUCAAAUUUUCCAUCUAUUUAUUUGGAACCUGGAAACAAAGAAUAUGAAGAAUAUUAUCAACCAAAAGAUUUUAUCAUAGGAAAUACUAUUUUUGUGAUGGGUCGUAGAUUUUUACUUUACGAUUGUGAUUCAUUUACUAGAGAUUACUUUAAAAACAAUUUACAAAUUGUUCAACCUGAUGCUAUACAAGUCUUUAAACCAAAAGAUAAUGUUUCAACUGUAUCUAAAUUGGUGAUCCCGCCUCACACAGGUAUUGGUGAUCCAGAUGAUACACGGCAGAAUUGUUUAUCACUGAUACCUAAAGCCCCRAAAACAUUGGAUUUUGUUACAUAUGUGCUAAAUGCUAGUAAAAAACUAAGAUAUAAAUUGAAGAUGGUACCAGUAUAUGAAGUAGACAAUCUUCGUGAUUUCAUUAUGGAAUAUUGYCUUGGCAAUGGCCAAAUGAGUAUAGUCGAAUUGGCUAGUAAGAAUAGUGGAUUCAUUAAAGGACGAUUCAUGUCAUAUACAAGGUUACGAAAACCAGGCACUAAUGUAGAUGAAGAUCAAUUUUAUGGAACCAAAGACUUCGCUAUUGGUGCAAAAUUACAUGUAAGAGGAUCAGUUUUUAUAAUUGUUGAGCUUGAUCUAUGGACAUAUAAUUAUAUGAAUGAAAAUAAAGACAAGUUUACCCAGGAUGCAAUUGAYAAAGCUAAAUGUUAUCUUGAAAGUAAAGGUUUAAUAAUUACACUGCCAAAUCCAGAAGUCAUUAAUCAGAAUUCAAUAACCACCCAAGAAAWCAGUUUAUCUAAACAUAAUGAAUCACUGGAAGACACUGUUUUGAUUAACAACAUUAACCAAUCUAAUAUUGAUAUUUAAUAAUAGUAAUGAUUAACAAUUAUAAUAUAGUAGUAAUUA